AUGCAGCUGCUGGUCUUGCCUCGCGGGACAAAUGCGGAGGCCCUCUUUUCAACAGGUGCUAGGCUAGGCAGUAAAGGCGAGCUUAUCUUUAGUGGCUUCCAAGCCAUCGAGAUUCCACUCUCCACCAGCCUUCUACUGCACAGCAAGGGGGAUGAGUACACGCAGCAUACACUGACUAGUGCACUCACGCUCCUUUCAGGUGACAUGGCAGCAGCACGGAGCAGCCUUCCCAAUCCUAAAAAUAGCAUCCCCACAAGCAGGCAGGUAGAUUGGGUAACCUCGCACUUGCGGAGGGAGCAAGAUCAGAAGACCAAGCAUUCACUAAAGCAAGAAAAGCACGUACACUUCGAGCAGCCAGAGAAGAAGCGGUCCAAGUCCUCCAAGUCCUCACGCAAAGAGAAAAAACGCCACGAGGACGAGGGUAUGAAGGAUCGUAGAGUUAGUAAAAUUAAGAGCUAA